UAAUCAGUUUAGAAUUUAAACUGCAAACAUCAAGACAGUCAGUUGCAAAUUUUUCCUUUGGUUAUUAUCAAUGGCUAUUUUUCUGGGCACCCUGUUGCCCAUUUUUUUCGUAUUGUCCUCAUCAUCUGGAAUGGUUUUCAGUCAAGAUGUGAAAGGUGCGACAAUCUGUGAAUUUUACAACGCAACCCUCUGCGCUGAAUCGAAAGAGGACUGCACAUACCGUGAAGAAUGUCCGCCACCACCUAUUGGAAAAAGAAAUCACUGCUAUGUCCUGUGGCAGCACAACAACGUCACCAACACUUCAAUAUUAAAAAUGAAGGGUUGUUUUUACAACAACCAGGAGUGCUACAACAAAAUCGAGUGCGUGGAGAACAACGUCAACAGGAAAAAGCAGAUGCUCUUCUGCUGCUGUGACGGUGACAUGUGCAAUAGAAAUUACAAUUGGGAUCCAAAGCCAUUGGGUAAAUUAAUUAUCCCUAAGGAAGACUCAGAGUCAGGGCUCAAUCCUGAUCAAAAAUAUAUCCGACAUUCUGAUUCCGAUGUCGAUUCAGAUCAACAUUUUUUUAUCUUGAUGAUGACUAUCUCGUCUGGUAUUUUUAUCAUGAUUAUUGUGAUUCUGGCCCGGUGCUUUGGCUGCAAAAGUACCAAACUUGGUGAUUACUUCCACCCAUCACCGCUGGAAGCCAUUCCACCAGAUCAAUCUCAACCGAAUUUCGAUUUACAAUUAAUAAAACUGGUGGAGGUGAAGGCAAGGGGUAAAUUUGGAUGCGUUUGGAAGGCAGAGUUCAAGAAUGACUUGGUGGCGGUUAAAAUUUUUCCGAGUGAGUGCAGACAGUCGUGGCAGAUGGAACAGGACAUCUUCAAAUUACCCCGCAUGAAUCACGAUGAUAUUCUGCAAUUCAUUGGCUCAGAGAAGAAGGAGAACGACUUGAAAUCGGAAUUCUGGCUGGUCACUGCGUACCAUGAAUGGGGCUCUCUGUACGAUUAUCUCAAGACCCAUGUCAUUACCUGGACUCAGGUGUGCAGAAUCGCGGAGUCAAUGGGCAGGGGAUUGAUGCACCUGCACGAGGAGAUACCAGGGGACAAGAUUCAUGGACAUAAGCCAGCAAUUGCCCAUCGCGAUAUUAAGUCGAAGAAUAUUCUCCUCAAGUCUGAUAUGACCGCCUGCAUCGCUGACUUUGGGUUGACACUCGUUUUUCAUCCUGAUAAACCCUGCGGAGAUGCACAUGCACAAGUCGGCACACACAGGUACAUGGCACCAGAAGUCCUGGAGGGUGCCAUUAAUUUCAAUCGGGACUCAUUCCUCCGAAUCGACAUGUACGCGUUUGGUCUAGUCCUCUGGGAGUUGAUGUCGAGGUGCACUGCUCAGGAAGGCCCUGUUGGAGAGUACAAAUUGCCGUUUCAAGAGGAAAUUGGCAUGCACCCAACGCUGGAGGAAAUGCAGGACCACGUUGUGCGCAAGAGAGUUCGUCCGGCGAUUCCAGAGACUUGGCGAAAGCACCCUGGAUUCCAAUCCAUGUGUGAUACCAUCGAGGAGUGCUGGGAUCAUGAGGCGGAGGCCAGACUUUCUGCAUCAUGUGUUACAGCUCGUAUCGGUGGGUUUAAUCAGCUUCGGGACUUUACUCCAGAAAUUGUCAUCGAUUUCGAAAAUAUUGAAGAACCCAUUGCCAUCGCUGAAUUCACUGUCUAAUCUCUCACCAUUCGAC